AUGGCCGUACUCUCUGCUUCUGCUUGCCUCGCCCGCUGGCGCUUCGCGGACGCUUCCGCCUCCUGCCCGUGCCAUUUCCUCAUGAACCAUGCCGCCCCGUCCUCGACCUUGUUGUACUACGCCUCCGGGUCCUUGGCGCCCUCUUUCCAUUUACCCCCUUCCUUUUCGUCUCCCAUGUUGAAG